GCGGAAACAGACUGAGAGAUCAAGAGGCACAGAAAGAGGCAGGAACAACUGGACCAGCAAAAACCACCAGAACCAGCAAAACCACACCAGUGCUGACUGGAAACACUGUCCACAGCAGGCCUGAGGAGAUGGGGGACAAGUCGGGGACCAGAGUGUUCAAGAAGUCCAGCCCCAACUGCAAGGCUGUAGAUGUAGGUGAUGUCAUCUGCAGUUUCCCACCAGCAAGCAGGCUGGUCUACAGGAAGGCUGUGGACAGGCUGGGGCUCACAGUUUAUCUAGGGAAGCGGGACUUUGUUGACCACCUAGACCACGUAGAUCCAGUUGAUGGAGUGCUGCUUGUAGACCCAGAGUACCUGAAAGACAGAAAAGUGUUUGUGACCCUGACCUGUGCGUUUCGUUAUGGUCGUGAGGACCUGGAUGUGCUGGGUCUUUCCUUCCGGAAGGAUCUGUACAUCAGCACCUUUCAGGCCUUUCCUCCCCUGCCAGAGGAGAGGAAACCUCUGAGCCGCCUGCAGGAGAGGCUGCUGAAGAAGCUCGGCCAGCAUGCCCACCCCUUCAACUUCACCAUCCCGCAGAACCUGCCUUGUUCAGUGACCCUGCAGCCGGGCCCAGAGGACACUGGGAAGGCCUGCGGGGUGGACUUUGAGGUUAGAGCCUUCUGUGCCAAGACUGUGGAGGAGAAGAUCCACAAAAGGAACUCAGUGCGUCUAGUGAUCCGGAAGGUUCAGUACGCCCCAGAGAAGCCAGGCCCACAGCCCAUGGUGGAGACGACCCGCAGCUUCUUGAUGUCUGAUAGGUCUCUACACCUAGAGGCCUCCCUGGAUAAGGAGCUCUACUACCACGGUGAGCCCAUCAGUGUAAAUGUCCAUGUCACCAACAACUCCACCAAGACUGUCAAGCGGGUGAAGAUUUCUGUUCGUCAGUAUGCUGAUAUCUGUCUAUUCUCCACUGCUCAGUAUAAAUGUCCAGUAGCCCAGGUUGAAGCAGAUGACCAGGUGUCUUCCAGCUCUACUUUCUGCCAGGUGUACACUCUGACUCCCAUGCUGAGCAACAACAGGGAGAAGAGAGGCCUGGCCUUGGAUGGCAAGCUGAAGCAUGAAGACACCAACCUGGCCUCCAGCACCAUAGUGAAAGACGUGGCCAAUAAGGAGGUGCUGGGAAUCCUGGUGUCUUACAGAGUCAAAGUCAAACUGGUGGUGUCUCGUGGAGGGGAUGUAGCAGUGGAGCUUCCUUUUGUCCUGAUGCAUCCCAAGCCGACAGACCAGCCCAACUCUCGACCGCAGUCAGUUGCUCCAGAGACUGAUGCUCCCGUGGACACAAACCUCAUAGAGUUUGACACUAAUAAUUUCUCUCAGGAUGACGACUUUGUCUUCGAGGACUUUGCUCGUUUGCGGCUGAAGGGAAUGAAGGAUGACAAAGAUGAGGAUGACCACUUCUGCUAGCUCUUCCUCCCUUUGCUAGCGGGCCUCCUGUCUGGGGCCGGAGGUCGCAGGUGGGACGCCGGUGUCUCUCCCCCUGCAGGAGGCCACAAACCAAGGAGACCAGGAGAAGCAGAAGAGAAGAAGAAGAGGAGGAGGAGGAGCAGUGAGCCAGACCUUUGUAAAGACCCUCCUCCUCCAUCCUUCUUCCUUUCUUACUUCUCCUUCCAUCUAACAUGACAUUUGUUGAUUGUUCAUUUUUCGCUGUUUUAUUUGGCUGACAUCAAAUGCAGAAUAGGCGUCCUAGAGAAGGAUUUCCAACAAUUCAUCCUGAGGGUGAUUCUCUGUCUGGCAAGAUAAAUCAAGCACAUCCCAGGCAGUUUAAAACAUUAGAACCAACAUAUAAUGAUAGAAAUUGAUCUGUUUUUUGAUUGGGAGGAUUGAUGAAUUCCCAUUCAUUCAGACCAAGCAAGGCUAGCAGGGUCAAAUUGACGUUGACCAGGGGUUGGUAUUUCAUAUUCCAUAUGAAUUUAGAUUACGACUUGACAUGAAUUUUUCUCCCAGAGUGAAAUGGCAUUUUCAUUCCUCACAUAUUUUUACUGUAUGGUUUAGUCUGUGUGGGCUAGCAGAUGUUCAUGAUUGUAACACAGUUUGUAGUAACGCUUGCCAUUUAAAUUCUGGGUUCUUGAUCUCAAAAUGGAUCUAUAAUGGUCAUACAACCAUUAUAGAUAAUGACAUAAUAACUCAUUUUUUUAGGUUGGGAAAGUAGAUGUCAUUGGGGACCCAGUCUGAAAAGGCUGCCUGAAAGCAAAACUGAACUUUGGUAGAGUGUAAGGUUGUACAGUUCCCUGGUUGGAUAGAGGAUGUUUCACCACCAUGUGGACUCAUAUCACACCCAGGGAACUGUACAACCCAACAACCUACCAAAGAUCAAUUUUGCUGUAAGGGAGCUGUGAGUGAAGGUGGAGGUCCUGGGGCGGUGCUGCUGAUUUCCUUGUCUAGACAAGACGAGUCAAACCCAGAGUUCCUACCAACCCACCCUGAGCCUGUUUGGGACCGCGGCCACUAUCCGAGAAGUCACUUGUCAGGUUUUGAAGGAUCUUUUUCAUGCAGCCCCUGUGAUCCACUGGAAAAUUCACACUGUGUAUUUCCUAUCUACCUGAACGCACGAACAUUUGCAACAUCUGGCAGACUGCAGGGGCUGAUCCUCGUCUGGACACCAUAUAUGUUUGUAAGUUAAACAUUUAAAGUCAGUGUAUAUGCUGCACACAGUUACAUAGAGGGAACACGAUUGUAAGUUUUAUGCAAUUACUGUUUAUCAUACUAUUAUUUACCAGGUUAUUAUUAUGAUUAUGCUACUCACACUAUAUCGUGUGUCCUGUUAAGAUUGAGCAUAGGCCACCAGAGAGCGAGGUCCAGAUUCACAGAGAUUAUGACGUGAGGACAGUCUGCAUUCUUGUAUUUGGCACGCUUUACCCUAAACGCUUUUAUAAUUUGAGCGUCCUCUGAUCUGCUUGAAGAAUGGCGUGGUGUUGGACAGCUCAGGUUUGUUUAGUGGCUGUAUGUAAAACACAAGAGUGUCAGUGUUGCAGCAGUCAUAGUACAAACUUAUAGUCAGAGGCUCAAUGCCAACUUUAUUUGGUCUUUGUCUGUGCUACAGUCAUUUGUCGGACUUCUCGCCAAGUAUGACCGAACUGUGCAGAAUGCUGAUUUGCAUAGCUUUGCCUACAAUUAACACGCGUGGCCAAAAUAAUGAAAUUUCCAUCUAAUUUACAUAUGCAUGAACAUGACAGGCACAAAGAGGCUUUAUUCUCUGAUGAGCACCAGUAAGCAGCUACGACUCAGCGUGAACAGGAGAAUAGGACGGCAUUGUGAUGCGGUGAUGUGAUGUGGUGAAUCUGGGCCUCAGAGUUGUGCUCGCAGUUUGAGAGGAGUGUAUUUCCAAUGCGUCCAAAAGCCUCGACACAAAGAGUCGGGGAAGCAGUGAAAUACAGAGAAAACAGCUGAGAGGCAGUUCAUCUGCAAUGUUGAUCCUUAAUAUUUUGAAUUUUGCCAGAUAUACAAUUGCUUAUUUUUUUAAAGUGUUCAUAUUUUUCGGUGUAAUGUGGUUGAUGAUGAUUGUUGACGACACAAAAUGAAUAUAGAUUUGUAUGGUAAACAUUUCUUUGUACGCUACUGUAAAAGGGCCAAAUAUAGGAGAUGGUCAUUGCUUCUAGCAGGAAUAGUGUGAAUUUAGCCAGAGCCGAAGCUACGUGAGGUUUAGUGGAAGUGCUGCUGUCUAACUGCAGGUUUUCAUUCUUCUGACUCCUCUCAUUGUGACAGGAGUUUCCUUUAACACAAAAAAAAAAAAAAAAAAAAAAGAUAGAAAAGUGGCAUUUCUUUUUUGU